CAACUCUCCCUUAUCCACUUCUCCCCUCCAAAAAUGUCCCUUCCCCAGCCUGUUCCCCCCUCCUGGAAGGACCUCGGCAAGUCCUCCAACGACCUGUUGGGCAAGGACUACUACUUCCAGACCACCUCCCUCGAGGUCAAGACCAAGACCCCCUCGCACGUCACCUUCAAGGCCGCCGGUCUCCAGGACAACAAGUCCGGCGCCGUCAACGCCGAUCUCGAGGCCAAGUACGCCGACUUUAAGAACGGCCUCGUCUUCACCCAGGGCUGGACCACCGCCAACGUGCUCAAGACCCAGCUCGAGCUCGAUAACUACCUCGCCAAGGGCCUCAAGCUCGACGUCAACACCUCCCUCAACCCCGAGAAGGGCAACAAGGGCGCUCUCCUUAACUUCAUCUACAAGCAGUCGGGCGUCCACACCCGUGGUGCCCUCGAUGUCUUCAGGGGCCCGACCUUCACCGCCGACACCGUCUUCGGCCGCGAUGGCUUCCUCUUCGGUGCCGAGGCCGCAUACAACGUGACCGAGGGCCGCGUCUCGCGCUACGCGACCGCCAUCGGCUACAACGCCCCCGAAUACGCCGUCACCGUGCACGCCCUCAACAACCUCAAGACCUUCUCCGCCAGCUACUACCACCGCGUCAGCCCUGACGUCGAGGCCGGCGCCAAGGCCGUCUACGACACCAAGGCUACCACCCCCGGUGUCGCCCUCGAGGUCGGUGCCAAGGCCUACCUCGACUCUGCCGCCUUUAUCAAGGCCAAGAUCAACAACUCUGGUGUCCUUGCUCUCGGUUACACUCAGGCUCUCCGCCCCGGUGUCAAGGCCUCCUUCGGUAUUGCUCUCGACACCCAGCGAUUGAACGAGAUCGCCCCCUCAGGCCCAACCCACAAGGUUGGCGCUCACGUCGUCUUCGAGUCUUAAGUUUCGGGAUAGAGCCACCUUAUGUUCUAGAUAAUGUCGCAAAUAAU